UGCUGUGGGAUGACGGAUAAUCAGCCAAACACAAACCAUACUGUAAGUAAUGACGUUUUUAGUCGUACUGCUGCUGAAUGACUCGUUCAAAGGUGUCACCAAAGAAAAGAAUUUUUAUUUUAAAAAACAUUGCAACCAUUGGGGACAAAAGUGAUAUGGUAAGUGUUCGGAAUUCUCCUGAGUUUUAAUGAAUGGGAUAUUGUUGUUUUAGAUGGCUACUAGUGACCCAGACACUUACAGCGAACCCCAGCCUGGUGACCUUAUCGAGAUCUUCCGACCGGCGUAUCAGCACUGGGCCCUGUAUCUGGGAGACGGAUACAUCGUCAACCUAACGCCAGUCGAUGAGAGCCAAGCGGCCGCCAUGUCCAGUGUGAAGUCAGUGUUCACGCGGAAGGCUGUAGUGCGGAUGCAGCUCCUGAAGGACGUUGUGGGUGGAGAUACGUUCCGUGUCAACAAUAAAUAUGACAGCAGUCACACGCCUUUGCCUGUGUCUGAGAUCAUUGAGCGAGCGCAGCUAUUGAUUGGUCAAGAGGUGUCAUAUGACCUGUUGGGCAGCAACUGCGAGCACUUUGUCACCCUGCUGCGAUAUGGCGAGGGCGUAUCUGAGCAGGCAACCCGUGCUAUCGGGGCGAUAAGUUUCGUGACAGCAGCAGCGAGUGCCUUCUCUAUGCUUGGCCUCAUCAACACUCGCGACAGGAACAGACCUUUCUGACACGAAUUCAAACUUUUAAUUAUAAGCACACUGAAAAUGAGUCAAAUUGCAUUUGUUAUACUCCAAAUGUGUGUGUACG